CUACAUCUCUAUCAGAGACCCGUCUCUCUGUUCUAGGGUUCGAAGUUAGAUUCCGAUCAUAUCGCUUCUCCAUUUCGAGUUUCUCACCCACUCUCUGUAUUGUCUUCAUCUAAAUUUUCCAUUUUCUUUUGGUCUUCAAAAAUAUCUGAUUAGUUGUAGGGUUACGAAUUUUUUGUUUUCCAGUUCGCAUCUGCAUGCGAUUCGAAUUCGAAGGUGUUUGGCUUCCUAUUUUGGUGGGUUCUUGCUCUGUUUGUCUAGAGCUAGGGUUUUUUUCUGGGGUGGGGGUACAAUUCCGCUCCUCGAUGUAGGCAAUGGGAGUUAGAACUUCUGAUUUUUGAUUGCCGAAGUCUUUUGUAGAAUAAUCUGGUUUCUUCGCUUCAUUUUACUCUUGCCUUCCACGAUUGACGAUUGCUUUUGAGUUGAGACUAGCUUGUUCGUUUCGAGGAUGAAUAGGUUAUGAGAUGUCAGAUUUGUAGAUGUCCAUAUUGUAGCGUAAUUUGCUCGAAUUGAUUUUACAGUGUAUUGUGGUUUAAAUUAAUGGGGGCGCGAUAGAAGUUUCAUUGCUUGAAGACUCCAUCAAUUGAGCGUCGGAUGUUUGCUUCCAGUAUGGAUACUGUGAGGGACACAACUAGAACUGCGGGAACAAUGUUAAUCCCAAUGCGUUUUGUCUGGCCGUAUGGCGGAAGAAGUGUAUUUCUCAGUGGCUCUUUCACCAGGUGGUCGGAGCUUGUUCCUAUGACGCCUAUGGAGGGCUGUCCUACUGUUUUUCAGGCUAUUUACAGCUUAACCCCUGGAUAUCACCAGUAUAAAUUUUUUGUUGAUGGAGAAUGGCGACAUGACGAGCAGCAGACUUGUACUCCUGGUGAAUAUGGGAUAGUGAACACUGUUCGCUUGCCUACAGAGCCUAGCUAUGCAGCUCCACCUGCCAAUCCAGAGAUGACCCCUGGAUCUAGCAUGGAUGUGGAUACUGAGGCAUUCCGACGCCUGGUCCGAAUAAAUGAUGGAUGGUUGUCAGAGGCUGUGCAUAGUGUAUCAGAGGCUGAUCUGCAGUGCUCCCGUCACCGAAUAUCUGCCUUCUUGUCCACACAUACUGUUUACGAGUUGCUCCCAGAGUCGGGCAAGGUUGUUGCUUUAGACAUUGACUUACCUGUGAAGCAAGCUUUUCACAUAUUGCAUGAGCAGGGUAUCCCAACAGCUCCUCUUUGGGAUUUCAGCAAGGGGAAAUUUGUUGGAGUUCUCAGUGCAUCAGAUUUUAUUUUAAUAUUAAAAGAACUUGGGAAGCGUGGCUCAAACCUGACAGAGGAAGAACUUGAAACACAUACUAUAUCUGCUUGGAAAGAGGGUAAAGCAUAUUUGAAUGGUCAAGUGGAUGGGCAAGGAAGAUUCUUGUCAAGACAGUUCAUUCACGCUGAACCAUUCGAUAAUUUGAAGGAUGUUGCUUUAAAGAUAUUGCAAAACCAGGUGGCUACAGUUCCCAUAAUCCAUUCAUCUGCAGAAGAUGGUUCAUUUCCACAGUUGUUGCAUCUUGCUUCACUUUCUGGAAUUCUAAAAUGUAUCUGCAGGUACUUUAGGCAUUGUUCCAGCCUGUUGCCUGUGCUUCAACUACCAAUUUUUGCAAUUCCAGUAGGCACAUGGGUCCCAAAAAUUGGAGAAUCGAAUAGAAGGCCAUUAGCUAUGUUGAGACCUAGUGCUUCUCUUAGCUCAGCGUUAAACUUACUGAUUCAAGCUCAAGUUAGUUCAAUACCCAUAGUUGACGACAACGAUUCAUUGCUGGAUGUAUAUUGUCGAAGCGAUAUAACAGCUCUUGCAAAGGAUAGAGCUUACACACACAUCAAUCUUGAUGAAAUGACCAUUCAUCAGGCAUUGCAACUUGGACAAGAUUCUUUUUCCCUUUAUGAGCCACGGAGUCAACGAUGUCAGAUGUGUUUGCAUUCCGACUCGUUGCAUAAAGUGAUGGAUCGCUUGGCUAACCCAGGUGUUCGACGGCUUGUAAUUGUGGAAGCUGGCAGCAAACGGGUAGAAGGGAUAAUUUCACUAAGCGACAUAUUCAAGUUCUUGCUUGGUUAAGUUAGUUCGUAAAAAAGGAUCCAGAGGGGUUUGUGCAAAAGAAGAUGCAUAGAGGAAGGUUGUACACUAUCAUCUGCAUAGGUUGCUAGUGAUGGGGAAGGAGACUUUGAGUUCUUCAUUUGGUUGGAUUUAUCCUCUCACUUCCAUCGCCUGGCUUUUGAAGGAUUUUAGGGCGGAGUGGAGAAAAAGAGAGGGCCACAGUAAAAAGAUUAAAAAAAAAAAAAAAAGUAAAAAAAGUACAAUUGGGAGGGAUUUGAAUAGCUUUCGAAUUUCUCAAACUCCCCCUUUUCCAUUUAUCAUUAUUUAUCAGUUUAUUAUGCUCUCUCCCAUUCCUGCUACUAAUGUAGAUUAUUGGGAGAUGAUGAUGAUGAUGGGGAUUGUUACCAAGCUCUGUUCUUUCAUGCGUGAAAAAAGGGAGCAUUGUGCAGAGAGGGGAAUUGGGAAGAAGGAGGGGAGGGGGCGGGAAUUCUGUGCUUUUUAUUAACACGUCGUUGACUUUUGUAUUUAAUUUUUUUUUCCCUUUUCCUUUUGGAUUGAAAAUCUUAUUGUAAUCUUGAAAUUAAAGAGAGCUAAGGCAAUUGACUCGUAGCAGCACCCCCAUUAAACAA